UUUAUGGCCGGCAUCAUGUUUGGAGCCAGCAGUAAGCUUGUUCUUUUCCUAUGCGGCUGUUACGUGGUUGCCCUAGGAGUGCACGCCGGGAAGCAUGAGGUGGCUGAAUAUUAUGUGGCUGCUGUGUACGAGCACCAUUCCAUCUUGAGUCCAGACCCUCUGACUCCUACCACCCGAAAGCAGGCCUUGGAGCUAAUGAAUCAGAACCUGGACAUCUAUGAACAGCAAGUGAUGGCUGCAACCCAGAAGGGUGCACAGAUUAUAGUGUUUCCAGAAGAUGGAAUUCACGGAUUCAACUUUACAAGAACAUCCAUAUACCCGUUUUUGGACUUCAUGCCAUCUCCUCAGUUGGUGAAGUGGAACCCAUGCCUGGAGCCUCACCGAUUCAGUGACACAGAGGUCCUUCAGCGCCUGAGUUGUAUGGCCUUGAGGGGACAGAUGUUCCUGGUGGCCAAUCUCGGGACAAAGCAACCCUGUCAUUCCAGUGACGCAGCGUGCCCAAACGAUGCACGAUACCAGUUUAACACGAAUGUCGUGUUCAGCAGUAAUGGGACCCUCGUUGACCGCUACCGCAAACACAACCUCUACUUUGAAGCAGCUUUUGAUACUCCUCCAAAAGUGGAUUACAUCACCUUUGAUACCCCCUUUGCUGGCAAGUUUGGCAUGUUCACUUGUUUUGACAUCCUGUUCUUCGACCCUGCCAUUAGCCUCCUCAGAGAGUCUGAAGUGAAGCACAUUGUGUACCCAACUGCCUGGAUGAACCAGCUCCCACUCUUGGCUGCGAUUCAGAUCCAACUCGGCUUUGCCAUUGCCCUGGGCAUCAACGUUCUGGCAGCUAACAUCCACCACCCCUCUCUGGGGAUGACAGGGAGUGGCAUACACACCCCUCUGCAGUCCUUUUGGCACCACGACAUGGAAAACCCCAGUGGUCACCUCAUAGUUGCCCAGGUAGCCAAAAAUCCACUAAGCCACAGCCAUACAGUGAAUGCAACAAGUAAAUUGGACCCAUCCCAUACUAAGUUCUUAAAAAUCUUGGCAGGCGACCCAUACUGUGAGAAGGAUGCUCAAGAAGUCCACUGUGAAGGAGCUGCCAAGUGGAACAUGAAUGCCCCGCCCACAUUUCACUCUGAGAUGAUGUACGACAAUUUCACCCUCAUCCCCGUGUGGGGAAAGGAAGGCCAUCUCCGAGUCUGUGCCAACAGCCUCUGCUGUCACUUAUUGUACCAGAGGCCCAACCUGACCACAGAGCUAUAUGCCCUAGGAGUCUUCGAUGGCCUCCACACAGUGCAUGGCACUUACUACAUUCAAGUCUGUGCCCUGGUCAAGUGUGGGGGCCUCGGCCUUGACACCUGUGGGCAGGAGAUCACAGAGGCCACGGGGAUAUUUGAGUUUCACCUCUGGGGGAACUUCACUACUUCUUAUAUCUUCCCUCUGUUUCUGACCUCAGGGAUGACCCUGGCAAUCCCUGACCAGAUCGGCUGGGAGAAUGACUACUAUUUCAUGAGGAAGAGUGGGCUGUCCUCAGGCCUGGUGACGGCAGCGCUCUAUGGGCGGGUGUAUGAAAGGGACUAG